AUGCAAGACGAAACUCUUACUAUAGAUUUAGGUUCCCAUUGUAUUAGAGCUGGUUUUAGUGGAUCGGAUGCUCCUGUUCUAAACUUUUAUUCAAUGAUUGGUUUUCCAAAGUAUCAAACAACUGCAUUAAAUUAUCUUUCAUCCUAUUCGAAACUAUCCUAUAUUGGAGAGGAAGCAAACAAACUCCGAGGAAUUCUUUCACUCUUUCAUCCAAUCGAUAAUGGUAAAAUAAUUAAUUGGGAUGUUUUGGCAUUAUUUUUCGAAUAUACAUUUCAUAAUUUAAAUAUUCCACUUCAAGAUUCUAAUAUCAUGUUAGUGGAACCUUCCAGUAAUUUAAAAUCGAAUAGAAAUUCAUUAACACAACUCUGUUUCGAAUCAUUCAAUAGUGCAAGCUUGGGAUUUGGAAAUGCACAAGUGAUGGCCAUGUAUAGUGCUGGUCGAACGAGUGGAUUGAUUGCUGAUUGUGGAGAUUCGUCUUGUAGAGUUUUGCCCAUUCAUGAAGGUUACGUUAUUUCACAUGCGAGUGGAAAAUUAAAUGUUGGUGGAAAAUCAAUUGAUAAAUAUCUUGGCAAAUUAUUGGAAUACAAAGGAAUUAAUUUUACAUCUUCAUCAGAAAUGGAAAUUUUGAGAGAAAUGAAAGAGUCAAUUGUGACAUGUUCAAAAGGGGAGGAAUAUCUAGUUCAACAAUAUGAAUUACCAGAUGGUACAUUAAUUGAAACAAGUAGGGAAAGAUAUGAAUGUGUGGAAUGUUUAUUUAAUCCCAAUUUAGUGGGAAUUAGUUCAGAUUUUGGAAUUGCUGAAUUAAUUUACAAUUCAAUUUGUAAAUGCCCAAUUGAUACAAAAUUAGAUUUAUACUCUAAUAUUAUUCUAAGUGGAGGAACAAGUUUAAUACAGGAUUUCAAUGUCAAAUUGAAACAAGAACUUGACCAACUCAACCAAAGACAUUCGUUUCGAAUAAUUUCACCUCCAGAAAGAAAUUAUUCAUCUUGGAUUGGAGCUUCCAUUGUUAGUUCAAUGGGACAUAUGAGGCCAUAUAGAGUUCACAAAGAACAAUACAAUGAGUAUGGAUGUUCAAUAAUGGACAGAAUUUUUCCUAGCCAUUAA